AUGAGUAAUCCUAGUAUUGUUAUAGACCCUUCAGAAUCUCGAAAAUUUGAUAUAUCUAUCGAUUUGCAAAAAAUCUAUUAUCAUCCUUCUGGCUAUCAAAGGACUAGUAAGAAACUUUAUGAAAUUUCUCAAAAAGCCAGAUUCGAUUUUACAUUGGCCGAAGUUCAAGAAUGGCUUGAAAGACAAGCUUUGCAUCAAAUUCAUAUGCCUCAUCCUAAAUAUAUUCCUUGUGUAAGUUUCAAUAAUAUUACUGUUCCAUUCGAAGUUUUACAAGCUGAUAUUCUUUAUAUGCCAUAUGAUAAAAUAGGGGAUAUAACUUAUAUGUUUUAUGAAGAUGAGUUUUCUUUAGAAGGUAUCUUAACUUCAGCUGUAGUUGCGGAAACUUUCGAAAGAAUGCUUUUUAAUGAUCUGGAAUGUUUUAUUACAUGGGAUAUGAUAAAAUUAGUAAUUACUGAUAAGGGUUCUGAAUUCAAAAGUGAUUUUGAAAAACUCUUAAGAAAACAUAACGUAAAAAAUCAGAAAGCUAAUUUUAAGUCUACUAUGGAUAUUGUUGAAAAUUUUAAUGGAACUUUUGAUCAAGAAUUUGAAAAAAAAAAUAUUCGUACUAUUCUUAAAUUAUUAAAUAAUACUAUUACUCGAUUAAUUGGAAUGACACCUAACGAAGCUAGUAAAAAGAAACAUGUAUAUGCUAAAUUCUCCAAACCUCGAAAUGGUCCUAUGGAAUUUGAUGAAGAAAGAUUGCCCCAUGAUGCUUCUGUUAGAUAUUUGCUUAAGCCAGGUGAAUUAGAAGGAGGUAGAAGAAGAGCGACCGAUUAUAAUUGA